AAAAAAUGGCUGCCCAUGUUGUCAGACAUGGAUUACGGAUGCGUAAGACAUUUAGUGUAGAGAAACUUGAUAUUGCACAUUGGUUCCCAGGUCACAUGGCAAGAGGCAUGAACAAGAUGCAGCAGAAAUUGAAAAGUGUGGAUUGCAUUAUAGAGGUACAUGAUGCAAGAAUUCCAAUAACAGGAAGAAAUUCUUUGUUUGAACAAAGAUUAGGUUUAUCAACUCUCAAACCCCAUAUUUUUGUUUUAAAUAAAAUGGAUCUUGCUGAUCUGAGAGACAGAAACAGCAUCAUAAGCUAUUAUGAAAGUCAAGGAGUGAAAGAUAUUAUAUUUACUAACUGCAAGAAUCCAGACAGCAGUGGCAUAAAAAGCAUAAUUCCAAGAGUUUCCAAAUUGGUGCAGAAAUCAGAGCGUUACAACCGCUCUGAAGAGUCGGAAUAUCAGAUGAUGGUCAUUGGCAUACCUAAUGUUGGAAAGUCGUCACUUAUCAAUGCUUUGAGAGCUAAACACACACGGAGAAGUAAAGCUACUCAGGUUGGAGGAGUUCCUGGCAUAACGCAGAGUGUACUGGAGAGAAUAAAGGUAAGUCCCAGGCAUUACAAGUAUUAUAAUUGUAUACAGUGUAUGUAUCUGAUGGGAAUAAGGAUCAUUAAAAUUCAUAUUCUCAAAUACUUGCAGAGCCUGAGGCUCAUACAGAAAGAGGCAUUUUAUUACAUUCCAUGCUGUUUUUUUUAUUAUGAAUAUUGUAGUUUAAUUUCUAAUUUUGCUGAAUAUCUUCACAGGCUAAAUUCUUGUGGGAACUUCUCCUAUGUUCAGUACCUUGGGUUGGAUGAACCAGUGGACAACAUUCAGCAGCUUCUAUUAACAGCAGCAGCUAAAAACAACUGGGUGAGGAAGACUCGUGACCACACUGGUGUUCGUACAGUUCCAGAUAUUAUCCUUUCUGCUUCAAAAUUUAUCAGAGGCUUUAGAUUGGGAGAGUUUGGAAAAGUAAUGCUUGAUGACUUGUCAGACUUAAAAAUAUAAGGAAUAAAUAGAUAACUUGCUACAAAGCUUCUUUGCAAUUAUAUUUUAGGUAAUGAAAUAUAAAACGUAUACACUUUAAUAUGAAAAUUUACAGUUCCUUCUUGAGAAAACAUAAUGCUAAGCUGUAAUGGAUAGGUGUGGUCUCUUUCAGAUAAAAGCUUAGAGUAAAGCUGAUCAAGACAUUACAAUUUUCUUGUAUGGGGUUGAGCAUGCUACACACUUGGAUUGUCACUAAAAUUUCCAUUUAGCAGUUUCACAAAGGAUGGAGAGUACGAAUAUUUUGUCACAAAGACAAUUGAAUAACUUGAUGAACAUCAACUCGUGCACAUUGUAUAAAAUACUUGCUAUAAAUCAAAAUUAAAUAAUUCCAUUACUAUACUGUAUACAUUUUUAUGAAUGCAUACAUUUGUACCAAUUAAUCAUUGGGUUUUCAUUUCUUUUUAUUUAUUGGUAUAGUUUUAUAGACUUGGCAAUACAGUAAUUUCGUUUUGCUGUCAUUGUAGUGAAAGUCUUUUAAAAUUCUUUCGUGUAGCAUUUUGGUUCAAUACUGCCUGACCCUCCUUUACAAUUUCUUGUACCUUGUACCUCAUUAUGAUAGUUA